GGGAGUUCGGUGAUGUCCACGGUCCUGCGCUCUGCGUCCUGGCCAACCUGUAUGAUUCAAGGAUUUUGCAACGGCUUUAUGGAUGACCGAAUAGUUCCACUGUUAUAUUCUUACUUAAAAAUAUAAUUUUCGAUUCGAUAUGUCGCAUGUUGGAGUGGAUAAGAAGGUACAGUAAUUUUGUUUUUAUUUCGUAAUAGGCUAGGUAUUUUUUUAUGGGCCGUGUCAUGUAGUUUGCCCUCGCAUACAACUUAUUUUAGCAAAAUGCAUUUUUUUCCCAUGUGAAAAUAAUGAGUCACCAAAAUGCAUUACAGAAAUGUAAUAUAAUUAAUUUAUCCUUGAAUGUCUCAAGGCAAGUGCAAACAGUUUUUUGUUAUUGACAUUUAUCCAGUUAGUCAGACUAUUCUAACAAUUGGCAUGUUCUCCUUUUCGUGCACUGUUGUUCCCAUUGCCUAUCUUUAGAAUAGUACCUGAAAACAUAGGACUGGGGGCAUAACACAGUGUUUCUCCUAAUUUUCUUAUGUAAAUGAAUACUCUGUGGCUAAGUACUGUGCACUAUUGCACAUCUCCAAUAUUUAUGAAAGUAAACAACCUAUCAUUUGUGUUUCUUUUUUUAUUAAUACCUGUUUGUACUGACAGGGCAAUGAUCUAAACUUGAUGUUAAUGGUGACAUCAUGUGCCAUUGGAGGCACUCUUCAGUAUGGCUACAACCUUGCCAUAAUGAACGCACCCACCAUAGUAAGGUUCUUUUGAAAGUAAACCGUGUGUGUGUGUGUGUCUGUGUGUGUAUUUGUGGACCCCAGGAAGAGUAGCUGCUGCUUCUGCUAAAGCUAAUGGGGAUCCAAAUAAACAAAUACAAUCUGUGUGUGUGUGCACAUGCUCACAUGACCAUAUUUGACCACACUUUACCUUUCCUCUCAGUUUAUUCAGGACUUUGUUAACGAGACAUUUCGGGAGCGCUGGGACGUUCAGCUGGAGGACUACCAGGUCACUCUGGUCUGGACUUGCAUUGUGUCCAUCUACUCCCUGGGGGGGCUGGCCGGAGCUCUUAUAGCUGGACCCAUGAGCAUAACCUUUGGAAGGUAAUCAUGUAUUAUAUCUGGACCCAUGAGCAUAACCUUUGGAAGGUAAUCAUGUAUUAUAUCUGAACCCAUGAGCAUAACCUUUGGAAGGUAUGAUGUAUUAUAUCUGGACCCAUGAGGAUAACCUUUGGAAAGUAAUAAUGUAUUAUAUCUGGACCCAUAAGCAUAACCUUUGGAAGGUAAUAAUGUAUUAUAUCUGGACCCGUAAGCAUAACCUUUGGAAGGUAAUGUCAUCAAUGUCAAGGCAAUGUCAAUGUCAGAUAUUGACACAAGGAUGUGUGGUAACCUUGGAAUGUGGCCCUCACUGAAAAGCUUACUAUGUGCUUUACAAGUCAAUAUUAUCAGGGCCAUAACAGUGAUAUAACGUCUCAAAGAGAAAUGUUUAGUGACUGAUGAGCAAAUUAUCAUCUGUUUAUGAGUCAGAUGUAAAAGGGGGUUGCAUCAAAGAGAGCAUAGACACAGUAUCUCUGAAGACAGCAAGGCUACUUUAUGCUUUCUCUUCACAGUGGAGUCAGUCAAUCAACAAUGUGGUGGUGUUUAUGUUUCUCAAGGCUGAAAGAGCACACGGAACCUUGCAGGCUGGCACCAGGGCAUAUACAGUAUAAUAUCUGGACAGAGAGUAGUAUUUGCAUAAACUUUAAUUAUAAUAUCAUCUCUACAGUAUAAGUUAAUUGAUACUCAAGAUUUACUUGACUCUACUCGUCUCCACUCUAUUCUACUCUACUCAUCUCCACUCUACUCUACUCUACUCGUGUCCACUGUAUUCUAUUCUACUCUACUCAUCUCCACUCUAUUCUACUCUACUCGUCUCCACUCUAUUCUACUCUACUCGUUUCCACUCUACUGUACUCUACUCUACUAAAUUCUACUCUACUGUACACUCCACUACUCUACUAAAUUCUACUCUACACUCCACUACUCUACUAAAUGUUACUGUACUCUACUCGUCUCCACUCUAUUCUAUUCUACUCUACUUGUCUCCACUCUACUCUAUUUUACUCGACUGUACUCUACACUACUCUACUAAAUUUUACUCUACUGUACUCUACUCUACUAAAUUCUACACUACUCUACUAAAUUAUAUUCUACUCUACUCUUCUCAUCUCCACUAUAUUCUAUUCUAUUCUACUCUACUAAGUUCUACUCUACACACCACUAGUCUACUAAAUGUUACUGUACUCUACUCGUCUCCACUCUACUCAUCUCCACUCUAUUCUAUUCUACUCUACUGUACUCUACUCUACUAAAUUCUACUCUACACUACCCUACUAAAUUCUACUCUGCUCUACUCGUCUCCACUCUAUUAUAUUCUACUCUACUAAAUUCUACUCUACUCUACACUACUCUACUAUAUUCUACUCUACUCUAACCCCCCUGUGUUGCUCCCACAGGAAGAAGACUAUGCUGUUGAACAAUAUCUUCUUGAUGCUGAGUUCACUCCUAGCGUUGACCAGCAGAGCUGCCAAGUCUUUUGAGAUGAUCAUCAUCUCAAGGGUCCUGGUUGGGAUCAAUGCUGGUGUGUACUAUAUAUUCAACCAGAGGGUUCUCAAAUGGGGGUUCUCAUGUCAUCAAACCAUGCUCAUUGUGCAACUGACUGCAUUACUUGUACGUUGUGUAUAGAGAAAGAAUGUGUAAUACUGGUUGUAUGUUUGUUGCUGUCUUAGUUCUUUAAAUGUCAAUGACAUGUAAAGUGUAGAUAUACAGUUACAGUAUUAUGUUUGAUGUAAGAAAAUGAAACCACAGACAGUAGAGAAAUUAUCCACUCCUUUCACAGGGAUCAGUAUGAAUGUGCAACCCAUGUAUUUUGGUGAGAGUGCUCCCAAGCACCUGCGAGGGGCUGCUUCCCUGUCGUCAGCCAUCUUCACAGCAUUCGGAGUGGUGUUAGGACAGGUUGUGGGCCUCAGGUAGGCAACAGACAACACACCAACGAAUCAAACAAAGACAAACAUCCAAGCAGAGCAUUCGGAGGCUACCAAAUCAGUCUGCAAUUUAGUGUUACUUAAACAUAAAUCUAGCACCUACAACGGAUUGUGUGAUUUGUUUGGGGAAAUAAUUGCGGUUGUAAAUUUUGUUUAAUUAAGUCAGUAUUUCAUUUGAUGGUGGUCAUGUGUUUCCAGGGAGAUAUUGGGCAGUGAACCCUGUUGGCAAUACCUACUGGCCAGUAAUGCCAUUCCAGGCCUCAUCCAGCUCCUCACUCUCCCCUGGUUCCCAGAAAGCCCUCGAUACCUCCUCAUAGACCGGGGGGACAAGGAGGCCUGUAUCAAUGGUAGGUAGGAGGAGAGCCAAAUCAUGGUCCUGUAUCUGUGCCUGUGUUAGUGUGUGGCUAUGUGCAGUACUUUCUUUUCAGAGCCACGUGGCUCUGUUCCUCUUGUAUGUGAGUUAGAGAGAGGUAUACAGUAAAAGGAUGAGCAGGUUCUGUUGAUGUUGUUCAUUGUGCUGCCUCUGCGUCAGCAGGGAUGGGCAGUCUUUAAAUCUUAUAUAUGCAUUUGUGUACUUUGCCAUCAUUUGUAAUUACGAAAUCCAUUUUGCAACAUCCCUGUGUGUGUGUGUGUGUGUGUGUGUGUUAGCUCUGCGGCGUCUGCGUGGCUGUGAGGUCCAGCGAUCAGAGUUGGAUGAGAUCCUCCAGGAGCAGGCUGAGGCUAAAGGCCUGAGGCCCAGCAGACCCUGGGAGCUGUUCGCUGACCGUAAUGUCCGCUGGCAGGUGAUCUCUAUCAUCACCCUCAGCAGCGCUAUGCAACUCUGUGGCAACGACUCCGUGAGUUACUACAAAAACAUUAGAACUCGGAACUUGGAAAUAAGAACUUGGAACAUCAAAAGUAGAAUUUUUAAUUACUUUAUUUUUCAACAGGUAACUUAAUUUGAAUACAUUAAGUAGGCCACCUGCGUCACAUUAAAAUCACAAAUAAUAUCUCUGGUGAAUGAUGCUCCCUUUAUUAUUACUUUACCCGCUUUCUUACAAAUUAUGUAAGAAGCAGACUCCUGCCAGCAGACUUCUCUUGUAAUUGUAAGCAUGGUUUCUUCCCACAGUCAUUGGGUUUCUCAGAUGUUCAGUUUAGGUUUGAGUAAGCAGGGUUUUGGUUCUCUCUGGUCCUGGGGUUUCUGACUGAGAGCACUCUCUCUCUAGGAUCAAAGUUACCUACCUCUAAAGAACACCAUUGUUCUGACAGUAGAACAUACCCAGCUCAGAUUACAUUUUGGCCACAGUGUUCCUGACCCCUCCUUCUCACAGCAGACUUGAUCAGAAAUGUGAGAUCAGCUAUCAAUAUUUCAUACUGUGCAUAGACGGGUUUACAUUUCCUUGUUAAAAAUGCAUGCUUGUGAUGAUGACAUGUGGUUGUACUUUACAGUUGUAAUGCUGCGGGAGUUAGGGAGGAGUACAUAACUUAAGGUUACUUUCGUAACGCCAGUUCUCUGAUAAUAGAGUGGGGUGUCUCACAUUGGGAUUUGCUGGAUAAGCAGAUCUCUACGGAAGGUCCAAUCAGGUUGUGUGGCGAAUGAGGAGAGAACCUACUCAUUAUAAGUCGCCACUGCCCCGCCUUCUGGUCAUUCUAAAGCAUGUCUCUCUUCCUUGCGCUCUUGCGAGCAGGGAAAUGCGGUGAGACAUCUCACUCUAUUAUCAGAGAACCGGGGUUACGAAAGUAACCUUAAGUUCUCUUUUAAAUAAUCGUUUGGUGUCUCACAUUGGGAUCUUGCCAACUCCCAUAAUGCAGACUUGCUCUCCUGAGCCAGGACAGUCCCAACAGUAUCACCCCUCAGAGGCCCCGACACUGAGGAUCGUAUGCGCCAACGAAGGUGCAGUGACAUCCAGCCGGUAAAACCUCAUAAACGUAUGAGGGGUGGCCCAACAUGCCACAUCACAAAUAUCUUGUACAGAGGUGCCCUUGAACAGUGCCCAAGAGGUAGCCAUGCCUCUGGUGGAAUGAGCCCUCAGGCCCUCAGGGAGCUGUAAACCCUUGCUAUUAUAAGCCAAUAUAAUAGCCUCCACCAUCCAAUGGGAUAGCCGUCAAUGAGAGAGGGCCUAGCCGUGCAGGGAGGUGCCCAUGAAACAAAGAGCUGGACGCUGUUUUGUAAGGCUCUCAUCCUAUCCAAGUAGAUGGGAAAGGCACGUACUGGACACAAACAAUGGAGACGCUCUUCCUCCAUAGAGGUGAAGGGCGACGGGUGGAAAGCCAAAAGCUCUAAGAUGAGGCAAUUAUAGGUAUUGCUGACCUUAGGUACAUAGAUGGAGUUAGGCUACAAAGUAACCUUGGAUUACCCUGGGGCAAACUGUAGGAACAAAUGGUGGACUGAGAGUGCAUGCCGCUGACUCGCUCGCUUUGCGUACGUAAGGGCAAUAAGUAAAUGUCACGAUCGUUUACGGACGAGAAGGACCAAGGCGCAGCAUGAUAUGCAUUCAUAUUUAUUUACGGCUAAACACACGACAAAACAACAAACGAAACGUGACGUCCAAGGUAGCAUACAAACAACAUACCUUACACGGAACAAGAUCCCACAACCCACUAGUGCCAACAGGCUACCUAAGUAUGUCCCCAAUCAGAGACAACGAGCUACAGCUGCCUCUGAUUGGGAACCACCCUGGCCAACAUAGAUCUAAACGAUCUAGAAACUAAACAUAGAAAACACAACAUAGAAACUACACACCCUGGCUCAACAUUUAAGAGUCCCCAGAGCCAGGGCGUGACAGUACCCCCCCCCCCCCCCCCCCCCCCCCCCCCAAAGGUGCGGACUCCGACCGCACAACCUAAACAUAACAGGGUAGGGUGGGCGGAUCCGGCUCCGGGCGUGACCACCACCUAUUAUCCGCCUCCCUGUUGCACCCCUGGUCUGGUCUGGAACCGCUGACUGGAGCUGGACCCGACGACGGUGGAUCGAACUGCUCUGGCUCCGGAGUGGAGCCGCUGACCGGAGCUGGAUCAGGCACCGGUGGAGCGGACUGCUCUGGCUCCGGAGUGGAGCCGCUGACCGGAGCUGGACUGGACCCCAGUGGAGCGGAUUACUCUGGCUCCGGAGUGGAGCAGCUGACCGGUGCCGGACCAGGCACCGGUGGAACAGGCACGGGCCGUGCCGGACUGGACACAUGCACCACUGGCUUGGUGCGGGGAGUAGGAACGGGCCGAACCUGGCUGAUGACGCGCACCCCUGGCUUGGUGCGGGGAGCAGGAACGGGCCGGACUGGGCUGAUGACGCGCACCACUGUCUUGGUGCGGGGAGCAGGAACGGGCCGUACCAGACUGGCGACGCGCACCACUGGCCUGGUGCGGGGAGCAGGAACAGGCCGGGCCGGGCUGGCGACGUGCACCACUGGCUUGGUGCGAGGGACAGGCACAGGUCGGACCGGGCUGGCGACACGCACCACUGGCUUGGUGCGAGGGGCAGGAACAGGCCGGGCCGGGCUGGCGACGCGCACCACUGACUUGGUGCAAGGGACAGGAACAGGUCGGACCGGGCUGGCGACGCGCACCACUGGCUUGGUGCGAGGGGCAGGAACAGGCCGGGUCGGGCUGGCGACGCGCACCACUGGCUUGGUGCGAGGGACAGGAACAGGCCGGACCGGGCUGGUGACGCGCACCACUGGCUUGAUGCGAGGAGCAGGAACGGGCCGAACCGUACUGGGAACACACACCACUGGCCUAGUGCGGGAAGCAGGAACGGGCCGGACCGGACUGACGACACGCACCACUUGAUUGGUGUGAGGAGCGGGACUGGGUUCCUUCAUUAACCCCCGCUCCUUCUGCUGCCUAACCAGCUCCUCUCGCCGUACCUCUACACUUUCCUUCUGCUCCCUCUGAACCAAUGACCCCCCUAAUCUGGUGGCCUCCUCUGCUAAACAGCGGACCCGCUCUAUCGCGGCCUCCUGCUGCCUCGUCGUCCACGGCGUGAGCCCCCCCCCCCUAAAAUGUUUUGGGGAUUGUCUCUUCCCCGUGAUCAUGGCCUCCAUCCCUCUUGCCAGACUCUCGCUCAUCUCCUCUCAAGUCCAUCCUCUCUCCUCGUCACGCUGCUUGAUCCAGGAUUGGUGGGAUCUUCUGUCACGAUCGUUUACGGACGAGAAGGACCAAGGCACAGCGUGAUAUGCAUUCAUAUUUAUUUACGGCUAAACACACGACAAAACAACAAACGAAACGUGAAGUCCAAGGUAGCAUACAAACAACAUACCUUACACGGAACAAGAUCCCACAACCCACUAGUGCCAACAGGCUACCUAAGUAUGGUCCCCAAUCAGAGACAACGAGCUACAGCUGCCUCUGAUUGGGAACCACCCUGGCCAACAUAGAUCUAAACGAUCUAGAAACUAAACAUAGAAAACACAACAUAGAAACGACACACCCUGGCUCAACAUUUAAGAGUCCCCAGAGCCAGGGCCUGACAGUAAAGCGGUUUUGAAGUACAGAUACUUCAUCUCCACGCUUUCCAGCAGCUCCAACGGUUGCUGGGAAAUAGCCUCAAGCACUAUAGACAGAUCCCAAGACGGGACUAAAGGCUUGAAAACUGGACAUAAGCGACACGCCCCCUUCAUAAAACAUAACAGGGGAUGUCUCCCUAUUGUGUUGUUGUUGAAUCCUAUAUGUCAGGCAGAGAUGGCAGCUAGAUAGACCUUAACCAUGGAGAAAGCCUUUUCUCUGUCCAGAAAGUCCUGCAAAAAAAGCACAGGAUCUCGGAUACAGAGCAUUGGUAAGGAAUAAUCUGGCAUAGAGCGGCACCCUUGGUCAAGGGUGUGCCAGGGCGUCCACCCCUGGUGGUGCGUCUCCUGCCAGCGCAAAGAACAGAGGGCAGUGUGCAUCUUUGUGCGAUGUGAAGAGAUCUACGGUGGCUCGACCGUAUCUCUCCCAGAUCUGGUUUACCAAUGAGAGGAGGUGUGCGCUGCGCCACAGAAUAAUAUUGAAAGCUAAUCUGUGUAGAUGCAGAGAGUGAGUGCCAUACUGGCGUUUGAUGUAUGCUACCACAGUCGUAUUGCCUGUCCUGACUAGGAUGUGAAGGCAGAAAGUGUUUCAGAGAUAGGAACACUGUCAUCAGUUCGAGGUAGUUUAUGUGUAGCGUGGCGGAGCUGUGGGGACCACAACCUGUUUACCACUCUUCCCUUGUGAACUGCGCCCCACCCUGUGAGUGAUGCGUCUGUCGUCACCACCUUCCUCGCUGACACUAUCCCGAUGUGAUGUGGCUGUCCAAUAGUGUAGCCCGGAAAGAGAGAGAAUCCAGUCCGACACCCAAAUAUUAUAUUAUCUGUGUGGGCAUUAAACAGCUCUUCUUCUGGUUGAUCUUGAACCCCAACUCGGUGAGGUGGGUUACAAGGGAAGCUGUGUCUCGCACUGCUUGAUCCUGUUCAGUGGAGCAAAGCAGGUAAUUGUCUAUAGAAACUGAGACUCUGAGUCCCAUGCUUCUAAGGGGAUCCGGACGCUUGCUGAACAUCUGGGGAGCUAAUGAUAGCUCUGCUCUUGUGGCGAGUUGCCCAUAAGUUAGAUGGCUCUCGCUCACCAGUGGUGCCAGCGUAAUGGGGAGUUGCCCUUUUAUUGUAUUUUUGACCUUGCCAAAAUGCUUGGAUACAGCAGAGACUUUUAUUACAAAGGGCAGUGUUGAGACAAUGGGUGGGGACAGUGCUUGGUGGUGACUGAAAAUGUGUCUUCCUACCUCGGCUACUUGAAAAAGUGCAGAGGGGAGAGCUGUGGCACAGGGGGCACUUGGGGGUUGAGUGAACUCCCUCCGUCUUCCCUGUGAGCAGACGCAUAGGAAUGAGCUGCUGCACAGGGGAUAGGGCUCUUGGAGCGCAGAUGUGCCUUUCCCCCAUUUUGUGGGGGGGGGGUGCGCUCAGCCCGAGAGGGGACAGGCCAGGACACAGUGUCAACUGUUGGCUGCCCCUCUCCACCGCUGAGGACAGAACCCUAGGUCGGUCGCCCCUUCUUCCCUCCAAGGGAAUCAGCAGGGCGGGACUUCGUUGCAGCUGCAAGGCUGUGAGGAAGAGGAGCCUCGAGGAGGGGAUGCUCUAUACAGUCUCCGUUUGAGGCCGGUCCUCAGCAACUCUGUACAAUGCACACAGGACUCAGGGUUAGUGAGCAUGAAUGUAGGUUUUACUGGACGAGAGGAGGAAGCUAGCAAUUCUACCAUCUGGGCAGGUUUGAAGAGCUAGUGGAAGUUAGCUGGCUUUUCAGUGAGCUAACCAAGUAGCUUAGCUUUGCAGCGUGAGCUCACCAAGUCCCAGUAGCUAGCCGUGUGACGCUAGCUACCACCUCACGCUUUGCAGCGUGAGCUCACCAAGUCCCAGUAGCUAGCCGUGUGACGCUAGCUACCACCUCACGCUGGCUUUUCAGUGAGCUAACGACAGACGUCGUGAGAUUGGACCUUCCGUAGUGAUCCGCUUAUCCAGCGAAUCCCAAUGUGAGACACCAAAUGAUUAUUUGAAAGAGAACGGGUUGUUUGUAUUUCAGAUAGGGUUUAAUGAAGAGGUGUAGUCAGUCCAAGGCCAUGCCAAGUUAAUGGUGCUGCUGCAGUCUCUUAGUUGCCUUCAUGCUACAUCUCACAGUCCCUAACUGAUGACUGUGUAAUUACAGUACCUUCUUUCUUCAGGGGAUUAUUUAGACCAGGGGGCUGGCAGCUGGAAGCCUUAGGGAGAGAGCUGACUGGGUAUUAGAGCAGUAAUAUGCUAAAUUCUUUGUGCCUGAAUCAGCUUAUCAUCAACACAAUUUCAAUUUGGUAAUUUGAUGUAAUGAUUUAAAAUGGUCAGUCAGUCUGUCAGUACUCUGUAAGUACAUGAUAAGGACAGGACUCAUUUUAUGAAAAACUAUAGAAAAAGUAUAGUUUUAUUCAAAAAUCAUCAUAACUGAAACAGCAGCCACUGUACUCUGUCAGUACUCUUACUGUAUGUACAGUGUAUGUGACGUUCUCUUUCACUCCAACAGAUCUACUUCUAUGCAUACUAUGUGUUUAAAGAGUCCGGGAUCUCUCCGGAUAUGAUCCAGUAUAUCACCAUAUGCACUGGUACAUGUGAAUUCACAGCCUGUAUAAUAUGUGUGAGUAUUCCUGAGUAAUAAUACACAUGGCUGUUAUGUAACUAUUGGUAACUAACUAACCACCCCAGAGGCAAGGAGGGAUUGUUUAACCCGUCUCUCUCUCUCUCUCUCUCUCUCUCUCUCUCUCUCUCUCUCUCUCUCUCUCUCUCGUUAAAUCUUUAAUCCAGACCUUUGAAAAAGUUGCUCUGUAAGAAAAGUUCCAUUUCAAAAUGUUCCUGCAUUCUGAGAGCUGUUAAAGCGCUUUUCUAGACAUUCUGUUUGGAUUAGAAUGUUUUUUUAGAAUGUAUUUUCACACAAGGCUAGAAAAUGCUCACCUCAGGGUAACCAGAGACGUGAUAAAGUAGAAACACCUCUCUAUGGCGUCUAUGGCUAACCUCAGGGCUGAAAAUGAUAUGAUUUUAAUAUACAUUGUAAUAUUUGCAUCCUCCUCAGAACCUGCUGAUUGAGCGACAGGGCAGGAAGAUUCUUUUGAUGGGAGGCUACAUUUUCAUGACAGGCUGGGCCAUUGUCUUCACUAUAGCGCUAUGUUUUGAGGUAUUAAAUAAUGUAUGCACUCACUAACUGUAAGUCGCUCUGGAUAAGAGCGUCUGCUAAAUGACGUAAAUGUAAAUGUAAAUGUUAUAUCUUCUUAUGUCAUCCUCGUCCCCUGUCAGUGUAAGAAAAUAAAGGUGCGAGUGGAAGUCAAAAGGUGAUCUGAAACUAGAUGAUGGUGAUACGUGGCUGAAAUGCCAUGUCCUAGUCAUGUCCCAGUCUCUAAUUGCAUUGGCUUUACUGACCUUUGGGACUGUAUUACUUCUGAAGUGCCUACAUACUCAUCCUAAUGGAAGGAUAGCAGUCUGACUUGGUGCAUCUGCAUUGUGGUCAUGCUUGGGUUGUUGUGUACCAGGCAGAAAAGUAAACACACCCCUUUGAACCCACUGUUGUUGAUUCCUCUUCAUGUUGUGACAACACAUCACUCUAUCCACUAGGAGUAGGUGCAGCGGGUGGUUGGAUAGGUAUAGUCAGGUACAGUUGUAGGAUAACUCUUUUGUUGCUGAGAAUUUUCCUGCACAGCAGAAAAUUCAAACUUGUAGUCUAUUCAAGGUUUAAAAAGGCUUUUAAAGUUUGUAAUUUCUACUUUGAAAUGUCAGACUUGAUUUGCCUUAAUGAAAGAUUACAAAAUUACAAAAAAUGUCCAUGAACUAUAAUCCACAUCAUAAUUCACAUUUCCUCUUAUUUUCCUGCUGUAGCAAACUGGAUCAAUUAAGAUCCUACAUGUGUACAGCAACAGGACACUCUUAAAAAGGCCAGUCUCAAUCAGUGGUAUUAUGUGGUGCUCAUUUGAAUCAACAUCGAUUUAGCUAAAUGCUUUUUUGACCAGUGAUUACCUCAGCCUUUGGUCUGCAAGAAAGUCAGAUGUUUUACAUUUGACUGAUAUUGAUUCAGCAAGAUAGUAAUUUUCCUGACAACUCAGUUCUUUCUUUUUUAUAAAAAUGUUUAACUUGCUAAAUCAUCUAUUUUUUACUUGAUAACUAAGUUAUUUGUUUUCCUGUAACAGCACAAGGUGGAGUGGAUGCCCUACUUGAGUAUGGCCUGUAUCUUCACCUAUAUACUCAGCUUUGGCAUGGGCCCAGGUGAGCCAGUCUCUUCAUCUCAAUAGCUUUAAUAUUAAUAUUUAGCAUUAAUAUUAUUAGACCAGUCAGUUAGAAAUACUAGCUACUAUUGAAGGGAAUUACAUUGCAUUUAAGUAUUUUAUCCUACACAGUACAGAGUAUCCAACAGAGUUGCAGUUUACAAUUUGUUGAUAGUUUGAGCAUCUGUAGAUCAUCUAUAGGGGACUAUCCAAAUAAAGUGUGACCUGGAUUUCAUUUCAUUUCAACUAUGGCUGUAAGGAUGACAAACGUAUUUUUCCUUGGGGAUUAAUAAAAUACACUCAACUCAUCUCAUUAUUGAAUGCUCAUGGGAAAUGAUCUACAGUAGGGUGACAGUAUUGGUAAAGUCUUUGUGUAUCUUUGCCUACAGCUGGAGUGACAGGGGUCCUCCCUACAGAGAUCUUUAGCCAGACUGCCCGUCCAGCAGCCUACAUGAUAGCUGGCUCAAUGAUGUGGAUCAACCUUUUCAUUAUGGGGAUGAUCUUUCCAUUCCUGGUGGUGAGUGAAAAACACACACGCACAAACACACACACACACAGGGUCAUUCCACAAAACGAGUGCCUUUCGCGUCACCUAGAUAUAAGUAGAAAUUGUGCACAAGUACAGUGGGGAAACAAAGUAUUUAGUCAGCCACCAAUUGUGCAAGUUCUCCCACUUAAAAAGAUGAGAGAGGCCUGUAAUUUUCAUCAUAGGUACACGUCAACUAUGACAGACAAAUUGAGAAUUUUUUUUCCAGAAAAUCACAUUGUAGGAUUUUUUAUGAAUUUAUUUGCAAAUUAUGUUGGAAAAUAAGUAUAUGGUCACCUACAAACAAGCAAGAUUUCUGGCUCUCACAGACCUGUAACUUCUUCUUUAAGAGGCUCCUCUGUCCUCCACUCGUUACCUGUAUUAAUGGCACCUGUUUGAACUUGUUAUCAGUAUAAAAGACACCUGUCCACAACCUCAAACAGUCACACUCCAAACUCCACUAUGGCCAAGACCAAAGAGCUGUCAAAGGACACCCGAAACAAAAUUGUAGACCUGCACCAGGCUGGGAAGACUGAAUCUGCAAUAGGUAAGCAGCUUGGUUUGAAGAAAUCAACUGUGGGAGCAAUUAUUAGGAAAUGGAAGACAUACAAGACCACUGAUAAUCUCCCUCGAUCUGGGGCUCCACGCAAGAUCUCACCCCGUGGGGUCAAAAUGAUCACAAGAACGGUGAGCAAAAAUCCCAGAACCACACGGGGGGACCUAGUGAAUGACCUGCAGAGAGCUGGGACCAAAGUAACAAAGCCUACCAUCAGUAACACACUACGCCGCCAGGGACUCAAAUCCUGCAGUGCCAGACGUGUCCCCCUGCUUAAGCCAGUACAUGUCCAGGCCCGUCUGAAGUUUGCUAGAGUGCAUUUGGAUGAUCCAGAAGAGGAUUGGGAGAAUGUCAUAUGGUCAGAUGAAACCAAAAUAGAACUUUUUGGUAAAAACUCAACUCGUCGUGUUUGGAGGACAAAGAAUGCUGAGUUGCAUCCAAAGAACACCAUACCUACUGUGAAUCAUGGGGGUGGAAACAUCAUGCUUUGGGGCUGUUUUUCUGCAAAGGGACCAGGACGACUGAUCCGUGUAAAGGAAAGAAUGAAUGGGGCCAUGUAUCGUGAGAUUUGAGUGAAAACCUCCUUCCAUCAGCAAGGGCAUUGAAGAUGAAACGUGGCUGGGUCUUUCAGCAUGACAAUGAUCCCAAACACACCGCCCGGGCAACGAAGGAGUGGCUUCGUAAGAAGCAUUUCAAGGUCCUGGAGUGGCCUAGCCAGUCUCCAGAUCUCAACCCCAUAGAAAAUCUUUGGAUGGAGUUGAAAGUCCGUGUUGCCCAGCGACAACCCCAAAACAUCACUGCUCUAGAGGAGAUCUGCAUGGAGGAAUGGGCCAAAAUACCAGCAACAGUGUGUGAAAACCUUGUGAAGACUUACAGAAAACGUUUGACCUGUGUCAUUGCCAACAAAGGGUAUAUAACAAAGUAUUGAGAAACUUUUGUUAUUGACCAAAUACUUAUUUUCCACCAUAAUUUGCUAAUAAAUUCAUAAAAAAUCCUACAAUGUGAUUUUCUGGAAAAAAAAUUCUCAUUUUGUCUGUCAUCAUUGACGUGUACCUAUGAUGAAAAUUACAGGCCUCUCUCAUCUUUUUAAGUGGGAGAACUUGCACAAUUGGUGGCUGACUAAAUACUUUUUUUCCCCACUGUAUUGCAUUUUAAAAGCCUGUUAUAUAAAAUGAAGUGCCGUUUCAUAUAGACCACAUCUGAUUUUGAAUAUGAGUAAAGACUUGCUAAAGUGCCAAAAUUCAGAAUUGACUUCUAGGAAGAUUUUAACCCACUUAACCCCAAUAGUUUUCAUCAUCUUUGUAAAGCCUGAGUUAAUAUUAUUGCUUUGAGUCAUUUCUGAAGAUUAUAAUUUAUUUAAUGUAAUUAAUGAUUCAUUUUAAGGUCAACCCUGUUACGUGAACUGUACUCUCAUUUUAAUAUGGUGAAACAAUUCCAUUUAAUAUUAUUUUUUUUCAAAAGAAACAUUGAACAUCUAAUAGUAAAAUCACAGUGUAAAAGCAGGUGAGCUGGUUCUAGUCUUUUUGGCAAUUAUCUGGUGUUUUGUGGUGGAAAACUGACCGGAUCGAGCAUAACACGUCAACCUUGUUACCAACAGAUACAAUAGACAAGCUAGAAAUGUUUAGAAAAUAAUAAUUGGGGGAGGGUGAAGCUUGCAUUCAAUUGCCCCUCUCUGUUGCACACAACAAGCUUCCAUUCCCCCUGUCACAAGGGGAUUUAUGUAUGAUUUAAGAUGAAGUUGUUAACCCUGUUACUUUAUUUGGCACUUAAUAAGCACUUACCUUAGGCCUUUUUUUAUUGAAUCGCUUGAGAUGGGAAAACAUGUUUUUUAUUAAGUUGAACGUGCUCUUUAUGACAGAAUGUUAAAAUUAGGUGAAAUAAAAUGUUUUUUUUCAUCAUGUUACACUACUCAAAAGGCAACUAGUUGGUGGAACGACCCCCCCCCCCCCACCCCACAAACACACACACACUGACACCUUUGUAUUGUUCUCUCUUCUCUCUCUCUCUCUCUCUCUCUCUCUCUCUCUCUAUCUCUCUCUCUCUCUAUCUCUCUCUCUCUCUCUCUCUCUCUCUCUCUCUCUCUCUCUCUCUCUCUCUGCAGAGUGAGCUGGGUGAGUUCUGCUUCGUCCCAUUCGCUGCUGUCUGUUUCCUGUCCGCUCUGUAUGUGGGCCUGGUUCUGCCUGAGACCAAAGGGAAGACCCUCUCAGCCAUCGCCAGCGAGUUCCACAAGCUCAACUACAGGGGCCAGGACAAGCAGGGUCUACCUGCCCCUCAGGCCCAGUAUCAGCUGGGAGAGGUCUGCCACUCCACUGCCCUGUAGGCCUACUGCUCUCCUACCUAUGACCUACGACCUCUACCAUUGACCACAGUACUAUUUAAGGUUAAUUCAUUAACCUUAAUUAACCAGGGGGUCCAAUUGAGGUCAGAAUACCUUUUUCC